GACUUCCCGCUGCUGCGCCUGGGCUCGGCGGCGCCCAGCUCGGUGCUGGGUUUCUCCCUCUUCAACACGAGCCACCCCUUCUACGGCGAGUUCGAGCGCAGCCUCAACCUCUCGUGGCGCGAGAGCUGCGGGCGCAGCCCCUACCCGGGCCCCGCGCUCUCGGCCGCUCUCCUCUUCGACGCCGUGCACGUGGUGGUCGGCGCCGUUCGCGCCCUCAACCGGAGCCAGGAGGUCGGAGGUCGCGCCUUGGCCUGCGCCGCGCCGGGCAUCUGGGCCGGCACCAGCCUCAUGAACUACCUGCGCAUGGUGGAGUACGAUGGCUUGACCGGGCGCAUCGAGUUCAACAGCAAGGGCCAGAGGACCAACUACACCCUCCACGUGCUGGAGAAGGGGCGCGAUGGGCACCGCGAGGUGGGUGUGUGGUACUCCAAUAGGACCUUGGCCAUGGACGCCGCCACCUUGGCCGUCAACGCCUCCGAUAGCUUGGCCAACAAGACCCUCAUCAUCACCACCAUCCUGGAGAACCCCUACGUGAUGCGGGUGGGGGGCGCGGGCGGCCCCGAGCGCUAUGAGGGCUUCUGCGUGGACAUGCUGCAGGAGCUGGCCGGGCUCCUCAAGUUCCGCUUCCACAUCAAGCUGGUGGAGGACGGGCUCUAUGGGGCCCCCGAGCCCAAUGGGUCCUGGACCGGCAUGGUGGGAGAGCUCAUCAAUAGGAAAGCCGACCUGGCCGUGGCCGCCUUCACCAUCACGGCGGAGCGGGAGAAGGUCAUCGACUUCUCGAAGCCCUUCAUGACGCUGGGGAUCAGCAUCCUCUACCGGGUGCACAUGGGCCGCAAGCCGGGGUAUUUCUCCUUCCUAGACCCCUUCUCGCCAGCGGUGUGGUUCUUCAUGCUCCUCGCCUACCUGGCCGUGAGCUGCGUCCUCUUCUUGGCUGCCAGGCUGAGCCCCUACGAGUGGUACAACCCCCACCCGUGCCUACGGGAGCGCCGGAACCUUCUAGAGAACCAAUACACGUUGGGCAACAGCCUCUGGUUCCCCGUCGGCGGCUUCAUGCAGCAGGGCUCCGAGAUCAUGCCGCGCGCGUUGUCCACCCGCUGCGUCAGCGGCGUCUGGUGGGCCUUCACCCUCAUCAUCAUCUCGUCGUACACGGCCAACCUGGCGGCCUUCCUGACGGUGCAGCGCAUGGAGGUGCCCAUCGAGUCGGCCGAUGACUUGGCCGAUCAGACCAACAUCGAGUAUGGCACGAUCCAUGCCGGGUCCACCAUGACCUUCUUCCAGAACUCGCGGUACCAGACCUACCAGCGCAUGUGGAACUACAUGCAGUCCAAGCAGCCCAGCGUCUUCGUCAAGAGCACGGAGGAAGGGAUCGCCCGCGUCCUCAACUCCAAGUACGCCUUCCUCUUGGAGUCCACCAUGAACGAGUACCACCGGCGCCACAACUGCAACCUGACCCAGAUCGGGGGGCUGCUGGACACCAAGGGCUAUGGCAUCGGCAUGCCAUUGGGGUCCCCGUUCCGCGAUGAGAUCACCUUGGCCAUCCUGCAGCUGCAGGAGAACAACCGCUUGGAGAUCCUCAAGAGGAAGUGGUGGGAAGGGGGGCAUUGCCCCAAAGAGGAGGACCAUAGAGCGAAAGGGCUGGGCAUGGAGAACAUUGGGGGCAUCUUCGUGGUGCUGGUUUGUGGCCUCAUCGUCGCCGUCUUCGUGGCUGUGGUGGAGUUCGUGUGGUCAACGCGGCGCUCAGCCGAGAGCGAGGAG